AUGGCUCUCCUGUGGCAUGGAAACCAUACUGCAGUGAUGGAGUUCAUUUUACUUGGCUUAACAGAUGACCCGGUCCUUCGAGUCACCCUCUUCCUCUUCAUCCUGUGUGUCUACUUGGUGAUUGUGUCUGGCAACCUCAGCACAAUCUUCCUAAUCAGAGUCUCCCCUCAGCUCCAUCACCCCAUGUAUUUUUUUCUGAGUCACGUGGCUUCUACUGACAUAGGCCUUUCAUCUACUGUCACACCCAACAUGCUUGUUAACUUCCUAGUGGAGAGGAAUACUAUCUCCUGCCUUGGGUGUGUUAUCCAGCUUGGCUCAGCCGCUUUCUUUGGGACACUUGAGUGCUACCUUCUGGCUGUCAUGGCUUAUGAUCGCUUUGUGGCAAUCUGUAGCCCACUGCUUUAUUCAAGCAAAAUGUCAACUCACAUCUGUGUUCAGUUGCUUAUAGGAUCUUACAUAGGUGGUCUUCUUAAUGCUUCCUCCUAUACCUUUUCCUUCUUUUAUUUUUUCUUCUGUGGACCAAACAGAGUCAAUCAUUUUUUCUGUGACUUUACUCCUUUAGUUGAAAUUUCCUGUUCUGAUGUCACCAUCCUCACAGCUAUCACCUCAUUUUCUACUGGAACUGCUGUGAUGAUCACAGUGUUAGCCAUAGCUGUCUCCUACACCUACAUCCUCAUCACCAUCCUGAAGAUGCACUCCAAUGAGGGCCGUCAGAAGGCCUUCUCCACCUGCACCUCCCACCUCACUGCAGUCACUCUGUUCUAUGGAACCACCACAUUCAUUUACGUGAUGCCCAAGUCCACCUUCUCCACUGACCAGAAUAAGGUGGUAUCUGUGUUCUACACUGUGGGGAUCCCCAUGUUGAACCCCCUCAUCUACAGUCUGAGGAAUAAUGAGAUUAAAGGAGCUCUGAAGAGACAGCUUGGUAAGAAAUUAUUUUGA